AUGCUCCUGAUCUAUUUCUCCCAAAACUGCUAUAUUAUCUCCACGGAUGACAUACAGGCCAAGAGUAACAGUCUCCACCCCAGUAUCGGUCGCAAAAAUUCGCUCGACAGACUGUUCCAAGAUUACGUUGCAGACCUGGUCAAAGCCACGGAGGGUGCCGGUGACAUUGCGUCCGUCGUUAGUGAUCACAUUGACUCUCUUGUUCACGUAUUCGAGGAGCAAAGACUUCUUCCCGGAAGGCCUGCUGCUUUGUCCCUCUUUUGCCACCGGUUUCAUAGACAUUUUUCACGGGUAGCUAGGGAAGCAGGAAAACACCCCAGUCAGUGUCAAGUCGACAGCUGUAGAUGCCUGUUCUGGAUAGUUCCGAGGUACCCCCUUCAUACGGCAAAACUUGUCGAAAUGGCUGCAAGAGCUGUGAGAAAGAUCAUCCCGCUCCUGGAUCGAGUCCUUAUUGAGAAAGCAGUAGCGGAGAAGACAAGCGCUGGAGGCGUUCUUCUCCCGGAAUCUGCACUCAGCAAACUCAACGAGGGAAAGGUCAUCGCAGUUGGGCCAGGGGCCCGAACAUCUGAUGGCAGCGUUAUCAGCCCAUCUGUGAAAGAGGGCGAUAAUGUUCUUCUUCCAGAGUAUGGAGGCUCAAAAGUUGUCGUCGAUGGAAAGGACAUGUUUUUGUACAGAGAUGAUGAUUUACUUGGACUAAUUGAAUAGGAAAGUCCUCAACAACACACCACAAGCAGUAGAUACCUACGUGCGUUUAUCUGCCCUAGGGUUGUUUAAGUAUCCAGCAUAUUUCGAUACAGCAGUGAUUUCUUGAAUAUCAGGUAAUCCAUUAUAAAAGCGUAUAUCUGACCAC